CCGCCCUCUUUUCUCUGUGGGUUUGUCUCUGUCCGCAGUUGUCAUUUUCAAACAUGUCGGCAGUGUUGAACAGAAGAAUAUUAUUAUUAUUAAUUAUUUGUGGCUGUUGAGACCUGUUACGAUGAGCGGCGUUUGUAGGGAGGUUAUUACUCUUCAGCUUGGACAUUAUUCCAACUUUGUGGGAACUCACUGGUGGAAUUUGCAGGAUGCUUCUUUGUCGUAUGACCCCAACACGCCGCCAGGUGAGAUCCAGAGCGAUGCGGUGUUCCGUGAAGGACAGACUGUGGGCGGACACGUCACCUACACGCCUCGCCUCAUUGCAAUGGACCUUAAGGGAAGUCUGCGGACUCUGCGGCAGGAGGGGAGCCUGUAUGAUGCAGAAAAGGACGAGUCUCCUCUCACUUGGAAGGGAAGCCUCAUGAGCUACAGAGAAAGUCCUCAGACGAAGAACUGCUUCCUGGAACAUCUAGAUAAGUUGGAUAAAGGAGAAAUUCUGGCGGGGACAGAUUUUCCCUGCCCCUCCGUGCUGCAGCAUUCAGCAGCACGGGCAGUGGCCCAGUCAUUGAAGGUGGACACAGUGAACAGUCAACUGGCUCGGAUUCAGAAGAGCUACAGACUGGAGGGCAGUGUGAAGGUGUGGUCAGACUUCCUCAGGAUCCACCUGCACCCCCGCACCAUCUCCAUCAUCCACCAGUGCAACCAUGACGGCGAGGCUCAUCGACUGGAAACGUUCGGUCAGGGACAGUCCCUCCUGCAGGGGUCAGUGCUGGAGGACCUCGAGGACAAGCUGCACUUCUUUGCUGAGGAGUGUGAUUACCUUCAGGGUUUCCAGGUGUUCUGUGACAUCGCUGAUGGGUUUGCAGGACUGGGGUCAACGGUCACAGAGAUGCUGCAGGAGUCUUAUGGUAGCAGAGGGAUUUUAACCUGGGGUUUAGCACCUGUCAGUCAUCCAGGCUCAACUCCAGUCAAGGACUUGUACCAUCUUCUAAACUGCACGUUAGGGACCGUCCAACUGGCCAAUCAGAGCUCCUUCUUCUGUCCCCUGACUCUUCGUGGUGGGUUUGGAAUACGACCCCCUUCUCCGACAGCUUUUCCUCACCUCAGCUAUGAUUCUUCAUUGUGGUACCACUCCAGUGCCGUCCUGGCUUUGGCUCUGGAUGCUCUCACUGUGCCUUACAGGCUAAGGAACAACAGCGUCCCCAUGUGGCAGCUGGCAGACACGCUGGCAGUUUCAGGCAGAAAGGUGGUGACUGCUUACGGUGCCGUCCCAUUUCCCAUGAUGCACGGCAGCUGUCUCCCUGAUGCUCUGAGCUCCUGUUCAGACACUCUACCCUGGAAGCCGCUGUCGGGCUGCCCUGAGGCGGGCGACGGACGAUGCUACAUCCAGUGGGCGACGCUCAAAGGCUUCGAGGGGCAGAGACUGACGAGCUCUUUAGCUCCGGGGACUAAACCAGCGACUGCUCUGCACGAUCUCCACAGUGGAGAGGACGUUCUGCUGUCGUACCUCAGAUCUUUUUACCCUGCUACUCAACAUUCUGUGCAACUGGUGUCAGCCCCCAGUAAACUGACCCCCCCAUUCCCUCAGAUUUUCAGCUCAUCCCUUGAUCCUCAGGGGUUCCUGCAGUACCAGCCUCCUCCACCAGACUCUGCUGCCGUUUCGUCUCUGCCCGUCAUGACUUCCCUCCAGUCUGGACCAGUUCUUGACACCUGGCUGUCAGAGCUUCACCAUCGCACCAGCACUUUUGACAUCCGCCGCGUGGCCCCCAGCUUCCUCUCCCAUGGACCAGAGAUAGACGACUACAAGGAGGCGCUGGAGCAGCUGCGUCUCCUGGCCCGGUGUUACAGGGACGACAGCGGUGGAGUGAUGCGCUCGUCUUCUGAGGAGGACGACGACGAUUGACGUGGACGUCUGUGGCGAUGAGGAAGA